GAGAGAGCCCACGUCAUAGUCGAACCCAGCCCCACCGCUGCUACACUCGCCGGAUCACCAAUACAAAGAAAACAAGUAGCGAAGGCCAGUAAGCCACACCGUCACCCCUCUCAUCAAUGCGAUGUCUCUCUUUGACGAUGACGGCAGUCUCUCUCCCUCCAACUCGGCCUCCUCCUCCGACGUGGAUGAAGGGACGCUGCCGCUGCGGGCCCCACCGGUCCCGUUGUCGCGCUCUGCAGGCGCUGCGGCCUCUUCUUUUGACGUCCCUGUCAACGGCAACAACAAGUACAAUAAUAAUAGUGGUGGUGGUGGCGGUGCGCCACUUACGGUGUUGGAGCAGCGCCGUCGCAUGGUGGAGGCGGACGAAGCGGGGCGUCUGUUCGGCGGCCGAGGAACGGCGCCGUGGCGCAGUGCGUUGAUGGGACCUCCACCCGCCUCGUCAACACCCGGCGAGACGAGCAAGUUUGGGAGCUCGAUCGCAGCCGCCAUGAACCUGCGUCGUGAGGAGAAGGAAAAGACGCUGCUGCGACGUCUGCAGCAACAGCGCAGGGCAGAAGACGAGAACGGCGAAGGUAAUGCGCUCGCACAGACGGACCUGGAGGUGGGCGUGUUCGUGACCGCCUCCUACAAAGCUAUGCUGCAGCGCAACAUUCGCCCUGUUGCGAAAGGAGCGCACCGGACGGACACGGACGAUCAGCUGGCCCAAAGGGGGAAUGCGGACAGCGAAGACGCACAAGAAGAGGACGACAGCGACCCGCUUUCAGCGUAUUUGCGACAGCUGGAGCAUCGAAGACACGCAUCGACGAUCGUACCCGCAAAAGCAGCUGCGGGUGAUUAUUACGAUCAAAUUAUGAAGGCGCCGCUGCGGGAAGAGAAGAACGACAGAGAGGGCAACGUAGCAAAACAGCAUGAAGUUUCUUCGGCCGUCAGGGCGGCGGAAAACGAUUCUUCUGAUCUUUCCUCGGACCCCACUCGUGUUGCCCCUCCGACGUUGGCGGAACUGCAGGACCUCGUUGGCGCCGCUGCAGCGCCCUCGGCAGCACCGACGUCGUCUUCGUCGUACGCGCAACCAGAAGACGCCUUGCGAAGUAGCGCAUCGGCAGUGUCCUCGGUGGCGACAAACGAGCAAAGUCAGCCGUCUGUCGUGGACGCAGAGAGGGAAGAGCACAGCGCCGUACUCGCACACGCGCGUCUCGUGUACGACACCCGCGAGGCAAGACGGCGACGCACCGGCACGGAUGCCACGGUGCAGGCGUGUGCGCGCCGCUGCGAUGACCGCAUCGCGUCCGCGUUGUUCUGUUCCCUGAAGUGA